AAUAAAAAGUUAACAUAACAAGCAGGCGGACUGACAACUCGUGGGGCCCCCGGCCAAUAGGGGAUCAUGAGGCCCCUGUGUCCUUGCCCACACUCAAAGCACACCCAAAAAAGCCUAUAUAAGGUACCAGGGGCAUCUCAUGGGGCCCCCUACUGACCCCCCGGCCCUCGGGCAGUGCCCGAGUUUCCAAAUGGUCAGUCCGCCCCUGGGGUGGACUGAUCUACCUAAUGUUUCUUUUAUGAUUUUGGGGCUGGGGUCAAUUUUCCCUGCCUCCAGAAGCUCUCUGAUACUCUGACCUGAGCUCUUUCUUCUCUGAAUUGUCUGCCUGUCACAUGACUGCAGUCAACCUUGUGGACACACCA